AUGGCCUAUGAAAGAAUUGUAAAUAUUUAUACUAAACUAGAUAAACUGGAAGAGAAUUGUAUUACAAAUAAAACAAUUGUUGAUCUUAGAAAGAUCGCAGAAUUUCAACACAUUGGAGAAAAGGUUCAUAUGAUUGAAAAAAAGCUUUUUGAUACUGCUAAAGAUGUAUUCAAAAAUUGUAAAAGCAGCAUACAUGAAUACAACAACAAACAUGACGAAAGUCUAAGAGCUGCAUGGAUGCUGCUUGAAAAUGGGAUUGGAUGUGGUAAAAAUGAAAAUUUUGCUUUACGUCAUUUAGAAUUGGCUGCUAAUGCUGGUAGCAAAGAUGCUUCAAAAAAACUAGAUAAAACAAAAGCUAUUUA